GCUGCUGUCGUUCGCGGCGCCGCCUGACGUCGCUUGCUGUGCUGGCCACUCUGCUGAGCUGAGCGGGUUCACUAGGCUCAGAUUCUGCGCAGCGUGAUCGCAGUCUGCGCGUGUUGAAUCUUGCGGUUGUGCACCGGCGGCGUUGAAUUCAAAAACUGCGUGUUUGUGCUUCCUCGUGAGUGUGCGGCCCGCGUGAAAUGCGCAAUGGCCGGUUUCGACGACGUCGGGAUCGGGGACUUUGUGCUCCUCGAGAACAUCACCACGGAUGCGUUUUUGGAUAACCUCAAAGUCAGGUUCAAUGCAGGCCGCGUGUACACGUACAUCGGUGAGGUGUGCGUCUCGGUCAACCCGUACCGGACGCUUAACAUCUACGGCCCUGACCAGGUGGCUGACUACAAGGGCCGCGAGAUCUUUGAGCGGCCCCCGCAUGUGUUCGCCAUUGCAGACGCCGCUUACAAGGAGAUGAAGCGCAAGGCCCGCGACACCUGCAUUGUCAUCUCUGGAGAGAGUGGCUCCGGAAAGACUGAAGCCUCCAAGAUUAUUAUGAGGUAUAUAGCGGCCAUCACAAAUGUCACAGGCCAGCAGGAAAUAGAAAGGGUCAAGAACAUCCUACUACAGUCCAACUGCAUCCUUGAGGCAUUUGGCAAUGCCAAAACUAACCGUAAUGACAACUCAAGUCGAUUUGGAAAGUACAUGGACAUCAACUUUGACUUCAAGGGUGACCCUUUGGGAGGACACAUUAACAACUACCUCCUGGAGAAGUCCCGUGUGAUAUACCAGCAGCCUGGUGAGCGAAACUUCCACGCCUUCUAUGAACUGCUGUAUGGAGCACCUGAUGCACAACUGUCUUCCUAUGGCCUCAAGCAUGAGCCCCAGUUGUACUUUUACACACGGCAGGGAGGCUCGCCCAAGGUGGAGACUAUCAACGACCGGGCCGACUUCAAGCAAGUCUGCUCGGCAUUGAAGCUGCUUGGAUUUUCACAGGCUGAGUGUGACACACUGUGGAAAAUUGUGGCUGCCAUUGUGCACUUGGGGGAGGUGAGCUUUGUGGUUGAGGAGGACCAGGCCAAGACAAAGGGCAGCCUCAAGCAACUCGGUCAGCUCCUCUCUGUGUCCGAGAAGGACCUGAGCCAGGCACUGUGCCUCCGGGUCAUUGCAGCUGGCGGUGAGGUCAUGCAGAAGGGGCACACGGUCACAGAGGCCGUCUAUGGGCGGGACGCCUUUGCCAAGGCCAUCUACGAGCGCAUGUUCUCCUGGAUUGUGGGCCGAGUGAACGAGGCUAUUGAGGUACGCACCAACGGUAUACUUGGUCGCAAGAACACAGUCAUUGGAGUCCUCGACAUCUAUGGAUUUGAGAUCUUCGACAACAACAGUUUUGAACAGUUCUGCAUCAACUACUGCAACGAGAAGCUGCAGCAGCUGUUCAUCGAGCUGGUUCUCAAGCAGGAGCAGGAAGAGUAUCUGCGGGAAGGAAUUCAGUGGCAGGAUGUUCCCUACUUCAACAACAAGAUCAUCUGCGACCUCGUUGAAGAGCCACACCGGGGAAUCAUUGCCUUAGCUGACGAGGCGUGCCUCAACGUUGGCAAGGUUACCGAUGAGAUGCUUCUGGAGACACUGGACAAGAAGCUUGCCAACCAUAAGCACUACACCAGUAGAAGGCUCACACCAACAGACAAGUCGCUGGAGCACCAGAAGCACUUCCGCGUUCUCCACUACGCAGGCGAAGUGACUUACUCCAUCACAGGCUUCCUCGACAAGAACAAGGACACCCUGUUCCAGGACUUCAAACGCCUCCUGUACAACAGCUCUGACCCACUCAUCAAGUCCAUGUGGCCUGAGGGUGCAAAGAAUGUGCAUCAGGUCACCAAGCGCCCCCUCACAGCAGGCACACUGUUCAAGAAUUCCAUGGUGGCGCUUGUGCAGAACCUUGCCUCCAAGGAGCCUUUCUAUGUUCGAUGCAUCAAGCCCAAUGAGCACAAGUCACCGAUCCUGUUUGACGAGCAGAGAGUUAGGCAUCAAGUGAACUACUUGGGACUGCUUGAAAAUGUCCGUGUACGACGAGCAGGAUUUGCCUACAGGCAAGACUACACUCGCUUUCUUCGAAGGUACAAAAUGAUAACGGAAUACACAUGGCCCAAUUACCGCGGGGGCUCGGAUCGUGACGGCUGCGAGGCCAUCAUCGACAAGAUGGGAUUUUCGGACGAUGUCAAGUACGGCCGCACCAAGAUUUUCAUCCGGUCACCGCAGACACUCUCACGUUUGGAGAAUGAGCGCCUCGCCAUCAUCCCUCGCAUUGUUGUGUUCCUCCAGAAGAUGUGGCGUGGUGCCAUUGCACGAAUGCACUACCGAAAGACGAGAGCUGCCAUCAAAAUCCUUGCUCACUACCGCAAGUACGCCGCUCGGAAGUACAUCUCCGACCUGAAGACGGCCUUCAGGAACGUACACCAGACCAAGGACUAUGGCAAGAACAUCGCUUGGCCUCUGCCACCAUGUUGCGUCCGGGAAGCCGUGCCAGGACUCAAGGCCAUCUUUUCACGCUGGCGCGGCAGCAUGAUCCUCCGGAAGGUUCCACGGGAACAGUGGCCCCAACUGCACCUCAAGGUCACAGCUGCAGACGUGCUGGCUGGCAGACGUCGUGACUGGGGACAAUCGCGCAAGUGGCAUGGCAACUACCUCUCCUUGACGGCCGAAAAUGAUGCCUGCCUGCCAUACAUCACAUCUGUCACAGGACUGAGGAGUAAGGACAAGUUCCGCAAGGUCGUCUUCUCCAGCUUUGUGAAAAAGGUGAACAGGCACAACCAGGCGUCUGACCGUGCACUCGUUGUGACCGACACCUGCAUCUACAAGAUGGACAACAAGAAAUUCAAGUCCCUCCGGUCACCAGUUCCCAUCAGUGAUCUCACAGGCAUCAGUGUCACUUCUGGCCCAGACCAGCUGGCCAUUUUGCACCUGCGCGGCAACAAUGAUUUGGUCGUCUGUCUGGUCACAUCCAACACUGCAGACGGCAACAGAGUCGGGGAGCUCGUCGGUGCUGUCGUACGUCAGUGGCAGAGGUCUCAGAAACGGGACCUACGUGUCAUGGUGGCCACACAGCUGCAGUGUAUGCUGGGUAACAAGGCCCGCACCGUGUCAGUGGAGAGCACAUCCAGCGUCUCGCAGCCAACUUUCAAGAAGGCGCCCAACAACGCCCUUGUGCUCCUCUGGCCCAAGGACAGGGCGUCUGCUUAACAAGCAAGGCCCGUGGGAUGCAUUUGUCUCCUUGCUUCUUCAGCGACAGACGGGCCUGCCAAUACAUGGCGUGUGCUAAAUAAUUCUGCAAGUAGGAUUCUCCACAUGCCUUCAAUGCCAUCACCAAUGAUGCGGCACUCGUACUCCAAAUUUAAAUGAUAAGGAAUACCCUUGAAUAAGCCUUGCUAGGACUUUACAACAUCAAUUAUGAGUUCGCCACUGUCCUUAUAAUUAAUGUAACAUAAGGUAUUAGAAAAGAAAAAGUUAGUAUGAUCACUGUGGAUUCUCAUAAAAUAUGGUUGGAGGAUCAGCACUAUGAAUGGAGGUAAGCAGAGCUAUUCAUUACAUGUCAACUUUGGUUUUACAUAACUGCAUUAAGAAAGAUAACUACGGAUUUGAAAAUCUGUCAUGUAGGCUCAGUUGUUUUGAAUGACAACCGUAAGCAUAAAAAGAAAAACAAAGGGGGGAGGUAUCAUCUGCAACCACCACCCCAUCUUUAAUAAAGACAUGCUGACUUCCUCCAUUAAUGGGACCAGCGGAUUCGAAAACGAAAGCAAAGCGCCGACUUCCAAAUAAGGUGUUACUUUAAUGCAAUGCACAUAUGCGUGAGGCGGCAUGCCUAUAUUUACAGACAACUUACUGUGGCAGUAAAGGUAAAGCCACAGAGAUGAAGCUUUUGCGCCUGUGUUUACUGUGCCAAGCAUUCCGGCAGUGUUUGACGGCGCGUUUAGUUUCUUGGAAUAGAUACUGAACCAGCGUGGCUUCCCCAUGCAACGGUUUUGCAUUUGCCUAAACGCAGAAGUGAGAAGCAGGAAAAUAAUUUAAAUUUAACACUCAUGGGUGUACUUUAGCUUAUUUUGCUGUUGUAAAUAAAAUGCUUAUGCUUUCUCUUCCCCUGCUUAAGCUAACGCAAAGGAAGAUGUGGGACUUUCUUCGGGAACGCUCUUGCGUGCGCUUUGCCUUGGUAGCUUUCACUUCAUUGCCGCAGGAAGUAGUCUGCGAGUAUAGCAUGCGUGCGGUAUCCCAACACAACUGUGCAGAGAGUGCCAGUUUUCAUGUGUGCGGCACAUUGAAUUGAAAUCAUUGUUAGAAAUCAGCACUUUGUCCACUUUGAAUGUGCGCUAGUGAUACACCAGUUACACUAGAGACGUUGCAAGCAUGUGGAAAAAUCCUACUUGUGGAAUUUUGUAAAUCGUCUACUAAAAGAACACUGAGCACACAGUGACCAAGCUGACAAAGUGCGAAACUUGUAUCCUAGGUUUAUAUACAUUGUUGCUCUCUCAUUAUAUAGAUAUAUAUAUAUUUGUUUCUUUUCCGACACUGCUUGUAAGUGACGUUUAUGCUACAGACAGCAAUAGAGCUAUUGGUGAGUUGUUUUGUGACUGCAGAGUUCUUUAAUGUUAGAAUGUUAAUUCAGCCCCAGUCUAAAAGCCACUUUAUGUGCUUUAAUUGUCAUUCUUUUCGUAAGACGAACAAGUGCAGCGCGCACCUGUGGAUGAUCAGUACGUCCCACACACACCACAAAUGUGGAGCGACUUUUUUUUUUCCAUUUCUGCAACUUGAACAACCAUGAUCAUGAGGAACUGUGCUCAACGUUACCACUCUGGGAUUUCCUCCUCUGCUUUCCUUCUUGUUAUUAAAUGGGGGAAAAAACGCCCAGUAUAUUCUCUCCUACUGUAUCAGUGCACUACGAAUACCCGGCGAAUGCGACAGUACUGUAUUUCCAGCCAUCACGAACUUUCAGUAUAAGCGGCACCGAAACCCUCUGCCAACUUUCUUGUUACUGCUGGCUAAACUUCAAUCUCCAGGUUUCUGGUGCUAUCGGCAAAAACGUUGUCAUCUCUUGCCUUGGCUACUAAGUCACCAGUGUCCACGACGUUCCUGCUGUCAUCGAGACACAAGCUACAUCCCACAUAUUCUCCUGCCCAUCAAAAGUAAAUUUUAUAUCGUAGAACAAACUUAGCCACGACAAACACAUUUUAACAAAAUGAUUUUGUGGCCAGCUCUGUGGUCCCAUUUGCAGGCUCUUUGUACUUCCUUUCAGAACGGAAAAGUUAUCGUUCGUGCCAUUGGUCAUGGCUUCUUUCUCUUGUCUGCAGCGAUGGUUUGACUAUAAAUAAUGGUGUAUAAGCUAAUGGUAACAAAAUGCUUAAAGGGCCCCUCACCAGGCCUGGCUAUUUUGAGCUGACAAGUGCAGUAUGUACAAUGCAUGCUAACGAUUGUCUGCUAAUUAUUACAUCCCUACACACUGUGGAAAGAGCUUGAAUUUGAAACCGAAUGGCCUUUGCCCUUGUCCUCGUGGGUGCCGCGCUCCAUGUACAUGGCCGUGCUGUGACAUCAAUUGUAGUGGAACACAACUUCGAGAAUUAUUCAACACAUCAGUUAUUUGUUUAAUCUCUUGCUUCAGUAGGCGAAUUAAAGUUUAGAGAAAUAGUAAAACAUAGAAACUGAAUGUCUGCGUGUUCUUGUUUUACUUCGUAUUGUAGCAAGAGAGAUGUACUUCUGUUUCAUGCGUGAUCGUGCGCUUUCAUCCUCUCACGUCUGCUUCAGUCCUCGUGAUUGUGGCACUGACUUAUACCGCUAAUCAGGUGUUCUAUUGCAGUGCGUGCAAAAUCAUCCGCUGUGCAAAACAAGCAAACACAGCAGCUCGCGCACAGGGCCAUACCCAGAAGUGCACCACUCAGCAAAAACGCGAGAGAGAGAAAAAUAAAAAAGGCGAGGCCGAUGACGUGUUCAUCACGCGAUCUUAAGCUCCAGUCUGGGAGAACUGAGGGAAGGGAUUUCGCAUUGCGGAGGAUAGACGAGACAAGUGGAGAGGGUGUCUUUGUGAGCAGUGGCACUCCCAUCCUGAAAUCGUCGGCUCACGGCACUUCAGAUAUUUCCAUAUCUGCUAUUGAUGAACUAAUUUGAAAUUUUUUUGCAUCAGAGCACUCCUUAGAGGGCAUGUAACAACUAAAAUUUGCUAUGUGGCCUGGUGAGGGGCCCUUUAAUAACAGCCUGACAGCAUGUUGGUGCCUCCCUCCUUGCCACCUGUAUUAGCUCCUUUAACCUUGGCAUUUCCAUGUUGUACAGCUGUACGGAGACAGUUGUGUGUGUGAACAGAAUUAGCAUUGCUAGCUUCACUUGGAUUGGGACAACACCUUGUUUUUGAGGCAGCACGUUGUGGCAAGGUCCCAAGUUGCACUAUACAGCUUCUAGCAGCUUGUAGCUUUUUGCAUCAAACUUACGGGACCUGUAUGGCUAUAUCUUCACAUCGCGUAUACCGGAUGUUGCAUUCGUAGGAGAGCUCUGGUGUAAAUAACUCUUGUGGCUGAAUCUUGGGCUAGAUUGCACUCAAAUUCUUGCCCAGACAUGGUGUUUCGCCUGGCAGCAGGUUUAGGUGUAGGUGGUAUUAACUUCCUGUUUCAUCCAGAAUAAGUGCAGGCGCGCAUGUGGCAUUUCCGGACAAGAAGUCCGACUUUUCUUGGUGUAAGAAACAGUGGGUGCAUCUGUUACUAAAAGGAUAAAACCAUGGCGGGCGUUAAUAUGCCCUUCUGUGAUUUUAGCGGCAUUGUUUCUUUCACUGAGAAAAAGCUACUUUUUUUCGUUCAGCACUGCUGCUGAUGAUGCGAGUUUGCAACUUAUACUAGACAAAACAGGCGGGUAGUGCAUCUAAAGGUUGUAUUAAAAUUCACCUCGCAAUGCCACCUCUGUGCAAAACCUUGAUGCUAACAGAAAAGCAGUUUUACUCGGAAGAGCCUUUUGAGCUUCAUUGAUAAAAUAUUUGAUACAUGAAACAAGUGCAUUGUACAAUGAGAUAGCUAUCAUUGAACAGAGGAAAUGUCAGUCUUUGUGAUAGAUUUGUGCUUUAACAUGCAUUUCGAGAUUCCAGGGCAAUGCGACGAGUAUAUGCUUGCUUCAUACUAUUUGUGUACAUGUUAGACGACUGAGUGCCGAAGAUGGAAGUGUGUUCUAGUUCAUUGCAAAGGUAGAGGAAGGCAGAAGGUUCAGUUGUGUCAUAGAGAAGCACAUAGAAUAAUUCAAUGAGUAAUCACCUCAAGCAACUCUCACUGGAUCUUUAUUAUCCUAACUUUUGGUGCUAAAUGUCCUGUCAUUCCGAAAAUAUUGGGGUUCCUACACAACACUGUAAAUAGUACUGUUGUUUAGUGUGCUGCUGAGUGUUUUGUUUUAUUUUUUAUAUACACGAGACUGUCCAAAUGAGUGCCUUUAAGCACACUGUUGCAGCGUGCCUUAGUCAACUAUGUGAGCUUGUGGCUUUUUAAUGCAAGUUUGGUAGCAAUGUUAAAUGGGGGGGGGGUAUGCAAGCAUGAAACACAAUUUUUGUCACUGUUUCAUGACCAAUAUUUUCUUCUUUUGAAGAUUUUCUUGUAGUUUUAACCGUGCGUUGUAUACCAUAUUUGUGCUGAACAAAGUAUUUCUACACGUAGCUGUAUAAAGGUAUAAAGUACUGCAAUGACAUGUACAAGUCAUAGUUGUAGGUAUUGUUUUGGUGACGCUGUGGAAUGCUUCAAGCUAUGCAAAGUGAGGGUCGAGUGUCUGUUGUUGAGUGAGUAUGCAUGGAAACAGGCUCGUAGCAGGCAUAGAACAAACUGAGCUACUAACUAAACAAAUAAAACCUUUAGUAAACCUUUUCUUUAUGGAGAAAUGGACGUGACAACAGCUGCGCUUUAGUGAUAAGCUUUUCCAGUCAAUAAAAUUUUAUGCACAGCAGUACCCAUGAACAAAUAGUUGAACCUUGUUACAACACUCAUAUUAGACAAAGAAUGCUCUCAUUAUAUUCAAUAUUAGUUAUAAGCAUAUGUUCAUUGCAUGCUGAUAUCGGUGAGAAAAUGUCAUACUUCAUUAUUCCUGACAAUUUGUUCUAUCCAUGUUUGUUAUAUCAACAUUCAACUGUGUAACAGUUCCUAAUCCUGGAAUGGAUUAGCAUAGUCGACACUCGUGUUUUCGAGUACCAUUGUUUGCUUGAAUCUUGACACAAAAUUGGAAGAGCUCAAAAUCUGAAUUCAGCAUGUAUUCGCAUGAAAAUCUUUUGUUUCUAUGCAGACAAAUAUUUUUGGAUGUUGUGUGUAGCAGUUAUAGCUUGGGUCCAAAGUUGUGCUCGUCUGGUGCUACAUGUGAUGCUGACGAAAGGACAAGUUGAGAAUGCAAAAGGCUGCAGUGUGUUACAUCGAGGUUACGAAAAAAAAAAAAAAAAAAACUUUUGUGAAGAACAGUCUGUCUGCUUUGAGCGCUUUGUGCCUUUUCAACUAUGCACUUGUACCAUUUUUCUAGCUCUGUGAUGCUGUCAUGCUGCCUACUAAUGUUUCGUAAAUUUGGAUGCUGUUGGUUUUCGUGUUGUUGAUCAGCAGCCAAUAUUUAUCUGCCCUGUUGUAAAUAAAGAACGAUUUGCACAAUUGC